AUGGCACCCUCACGCCUGGCCACUUCGUUGUUCGGAACGUGCCGAGCAGCCUCAAUUCGCCCAGCCGCAACAUGGCGACAGCGAUGCCUGUAUCACUCAUAUGAUUACCCCUCGCCGCCACCAUUUCCCCCCGCCGAAACGGCGAUUCUUGCGUCUGCAUACGCACACGUACCAAACCAUGGCUUCACCAUGGAUGCACUUAAGCUGGGCGCUCGAGAUGCUGGCUACCUCGACGUCUCCACAAAUUUACUUCCACGAGGCGUCUUUGAACUGAUCAAUUACCAUCUCGUCACUCAGCGAUUGGCUUUGCAAAGCAAUGUCCAAUUCCCCGAAGAGGGCGAACACGGGAAGAAGAUGGGGGCCGGCGCCAAGGUCAGGACGUUAACGCUCGCACGGCUCCGCGCAAAUGCACCCAUUAUCCACCGUUGGCAAGAGGCACUGGCAAUAAUGUCCCAGCCCACGUACGUUCCUGCUUCCAUCACCGAACUGGCCAAGCUCGCAGACGAAAUAUGGUUUCUGUCAGGCGACCAGAGUGUCGAUAGUAGCUGGUACACGAAACGAGCAACCCUCUCGGCAAUCUACUCGACGACAGAGCUGUACAUGACACAGGACAAGUCGCAUAAUUUUGUAGAGACUGAGCAGUUUCUAGACAACAGACUGCAGGAUCUGAUGAAAGUCGGUGGCUUCAUGGGCAGUCUGGGAGAAUGGCUCAACUACACGGGCCAUUCUGCCAUCAAUGUACUUCGGAGUAAGGGAGCUCGUGUCUAGGCCUGAUCUGCCUCCUCAUCCAGUGCCAGAUUUUUUUUAUAUUUUGAUUGUGUAAUAGUAUGUAUAGUAUGUAGGCGCAUCCGCUCCACGGAGCCAGAAUAGGCGACGAGGUCAUAGAGGAGGGAUCUCGAUUACGACUCUGAGUGUUACAAAGAUCGUACGAUGAGGCGGGGGUUGGAGUGGACAUCGCCGAUGGACUACGUAGCAGUUUGAACGGUGCAGUCAUCAAUCAAACCUUACCAGCUCACUACUGUGUUGCAUGGUUCGCCCGGAAAUUUUUCCCGGCGCCUUGACCUUG